AUGGCAGAGUCAAGCACAAGAAUCGGUUUUAGCAACAUCAUGGAUUUUGAUCAGCCUCAGCAAGACCGACCUGAGACUUGUUUCUUCCCCGAGACCCCCAACUGGGCAAAUAUAUCGCAGGCUCCCGGGAGCAGAGUGUCCAAAAGGCACGCGAAAGAUCCUGGGUCGACGCUAGUCGCAGUAAAAACUUCGAAACGACAACGAGCGAAUACAUCAUUGCGUCCAGAGGCUCCGAGUACUGGAAUUCAAAUGUGGGACAGUGAUCCGUGGGAUGCUUUCGAAAAAGGGAUUGAGAUCUUUCCUGGACGCCACGUAUAUCUCGCUAGAGACCAUGGGAACAAAGCACGGCUGGUUCACAUUCAGCAUUUGGCCGAAGGGGUCGCGGGAUGUCUGCUGGAAAACAUCAAUCGCCAUUCGCACCGAAGCUUUUUGCGUCUUCUCCACUGUUACCAGUAUGGGAGCUCGUCUUUCUUGGUAUGGGAACCAGUCGAGCUGUCUCUGUCGCAGGUCCUAGGAUCUAAGUGCUCCAUCCGUGAGGCUGAAAUGGUCUCCAUAAUCUGGCCAAUCCUCACUGGCAUACGGUACUUACGCGAUUGCCAAUACGCACUUGCCUCACUGGCCAGCGAUACGAUUUUGUUCACGGAGGGCGGCGACGUGAGAAUCGCGGGAGUAGAACACAGUUGUGAAAUCUGCGCAGCAGAUAUGAACAAGGUUACAAUGAAACUACUUGCCCUGUCGGAUAUUGUCAAAGAACUCCGGAAGAAGAUGAAUCCUCUGCACCCGUGGAGCACACAGGCUCAGGAACUGCCUGAAAAAUUAAUGGAUGUGCCAUUGGAUGACCUGUUGCGAGACGACAUAUUCAGGCAGAUGAAAGGAGGAGAUCUGAAGAUGCUGGUUAGUAUUGCAAGUAAAACCGGGUACUACAACAUCCGGUUCCCUCAAUCGUGA